AGCCCUCAUCACAAAGCGGCGGGGCUCAGGGUAAGGAGGAGGAGGAGGAGGAGUGCAGCAGGGAGCGGAUGAGUGACUUCGGGACACUUCUGGAGGACUUACAAGUCGUUGCGUCUUUUUUUGCGGACAUGUUGAAGUUUGGAACAAGUUUGCUCGUCUUUGUGGUUUCUUAACGACACAUAGACGACCUGAAGCGAGCGGACCUGAACAUGACCGGCUCCGUGCAGCCCUCCUCGAUGAGCUGCUGCUCACUUUGUGGCGCCUCGGUCGCUCCGAGCCACCAACUGAGACAUGAUAACAAUCCAGGAGAAACGCGGUUUUUACGCAGCGUCGUGGAGUUACAGAAGUCCAUAUGAAGUUGGACCGUGUUGAUAUUCAUUCUUCCUGGAAAUGGCAGGUCGUGCCAUUUUGAUGGAGCGGGCAGCGGUGUUGAUCUGCAGCGUGUUCAUCCUGACCGUCGGUCUCUGUGUCGGAUCUCCCAGCCACAGCCGCCGGCUGGUCUGCUGGAAAGCCAUCCUCAAAUGCCACGGAGAGCCGGAGUGCCAUUACGCGUAUGACCAGUACCUCUACGCCUGCGCUUCUGUCCUCAACGGGCAGCGCAAGAAGUGCCCCAGCCACUGCAUAUCCUCCCUGAUCCAGCUCAACCUCACCCAGAGCGGUCCGGCUCUGGAGGACUGCGACUGCGCCCUGGACCCGGUGUGCCGGGGCACCAAGCAAGCCAUCGAGCCGUGCCUGCCCCGGACCAGCACCCUGGGCUGCACCGAGGCCCGGCGGCAGUGCGAGACGGACCCGGCCUGCAGCUCCGCCAUGAGGGACUAUUUAUUUCACUGUCGGAAACUUUUCGGAGGGGAGAGGUGCACGGACGGCUGCCGCAGGGUGAUCGCCAACAUGCGCUCCAUAUCCAAGGCGCAGCAGCUGGACACAUGCGUGUGCGACGGCGCGGAGAGGAACAUCUGCGAGUACAUAAAGGUCAGCAUGGAAACUUUCUGCUACGACCCCGACGACAGGUUCGCGGGAAGCGGCUUCUCGGACACUGAGGACGAUUCAGAGGACGAUUACACGGACCAGGGGGAUUAUCAAUAUGUGGAAAACUCCGGCGACUCCACACCGUGUCGGAGUGUGCUGCGAGUCCUGACCACCAUCUUGGUUUUAACCACAUUAUUGUGAAAAGCUGCUGCCAUCCAUCCAGGGCAACUAUACAGUCAGUGGUGUUGUUCUUCGUGAAGUCAACUCACCUCUCUGGCAUCUGCUUUGUUGGAACCAGACACUUUUGUCAAUAAACUUAAAACAAGGUUGUUCAAUUCUACAUAUCUGCUCAAAUUUAUAUAAUUCAAGACAUUUGCUGUUUUAAAUGUCAGAAUCAUGCAAGAUGACAGUUUGUGGGUUAUAGCACAAGAAGCCUUGUUGUAUUAUCAGCUGCAAAUUCAAAAAUGUUAGUCAUCUUGUAAAGUUGGAGGAGCCUAUUUUUGUAUGUAGUCAAUAUAAGGAUAUAUUGUACAGUAUAUUGUGUAAAAUUAUUUUUGGUCAAAAGUGUUUGUAUAUGUGAUUUAAGAUUUGCACUGUAGGCGAAGAGCCGAGUCCCAGCCUUACUGCAUUAUAACCACAGAGGGAGGGGGAAAUGAUUUGUGUAAAAGUGCCUAAAAGUCUUAAUGUUGGUUUUUUAUUCACCAUUAAGUGACCGGCUGUGAAAGCAGCUCUCUCCACAACCCAUUCAUUAAAUAACCAAAGGUGACGUGCAGCCAGUAAAACCCUGUGGAUAUCUUCCAUCUGGAUAAAAGAAGCUCUUGAGGGGCAUUGACUUGACCUUGUAAACAUUGGUGUUUGCAGAAGGUAUUAUCUGUUUGUUCCUGGAAACUGUUCAAACGUGAGAGAAAGGUAUAAACUCCUCCUCUCGGGGAUUUGCAGCCCAAAUGGAGCCCAGAAGCUUUUGGUAACUUUCUUUAUCUUCACCCUGUGUGUCUGUUAGAAGUCGUCACUCAGACACACUGAGAAAAAAGAAGACGCCUGUGUUCUUGUGAGCUGAGAUGUUAUGUGGCCCAUUAUGAAGACACUCCUCUGAAUGUACGUGCACAUUAAAUAAAUACAUUUUAAAAUCA